UUGUGACUGGCAUCGCUUCUUUCUUUUCAAGUGUACUUUGUUUCUGUCUUUACUGCAGACAUUCCUUCUUCACCUGCUGGCAGGUUUACCUUUAUUUGCACAGAUAUUGUAUUCAUUACAUUGAUUUAUUCAUUCUUGAACACCUUCACACUAGUCAAUAAAGUGUUGACUUUCCUUUUCCUUCAUCAUGCUCGCCUCUCUUGGUUCUAUGCUCGCGAUAGUAGCGAUUGCUAGAGCCAGUCCUUUGCUUCCCAGAGCAGUCGAUUCGCUCAACGAAGAGGCUACGGCGGAAGCCCAACAGCGAGACGACAGUGCUACCCGUGCCUUUUCCGAUGUCCAAAUCAAGACAUCAGAUGGGAGAUGUCUUUUCGUUGACAAGCUGUCCGGCGAUUUUCGGGCAAACUUGACCCCUAUUCAGGUUGCCGACUGCGGUUCUACCGAUGGUCAGGGGUGGGAUGUUAUCACGAGCGGCAAGCAUAUCUCCGGAGACGGCGGUAUGCUCGUGGUGAGCACGUUGACACAAGCCUGCUUCAACUAUGAUCCCCGCCGAGCGGCUGGAAACCAAGUUAUUCUCUUUUCAUGCGGUGGCCGAGCUGAUGGUGGUGGCGAGGUCACUGACUCCCAGAUAUUUGCCUUUAACGGCUCAUCUGGACCUCUUUCCUUCCAGCCCCAAAACGAAGACGGCACUUGCUUCACAGUCUCAGGCAACACCAUGAACGUUGCACCAUGCGACUCGGGCGACUCUAACCAGUCGUUUACCUUUGGAGACGGCGGCGGUAGUGGAAACAACAACGGAGGAGGAAACACUAACACGGGAGGGGAUACCAGCACCGGAGGAAAUACUGACGCACAAGAGAGCACCACCACGAGAGGAAGAGGUGGUAGCACCACUUCACAACAGCCGACAACCUUCACCACUCAAGUCACCACGACAGCUGAUGCCACGGCCACGGCAUCCGUCACUUCGUCUCCGGACAGCGGGUCGGGUUCAGGUUCAGGAGGCAGUUCCGGAAACGGCGGCAUUCCCACCUUCAACCCGACCGAAGCUGUACCGGUCUCGCGGGCAGGCGGUACUUUGCAGCCCACGGCAGUUGCAGAGUCUCACCAACGAGAUGAUACGGCCACCCGCGCUUUCAGCGAUGUCUCCAUCAGGGGCCCUGACGGACGAUGUCUCUUUAUUGAUCCGACUGCUGGCGACUUUCGCGAGAACUUGAUUCCCAUCCAACUGGUGGAGUGUACUGGAUCGCCCAAUGAGAAGUGGGAUGUUCUCACCUCGGGAAAACAUAAUCAACAGGACAACAGCGGGACACAGGCUGCUUUGAUUGUUAGCACUUUGACUCAGGGUUGCCUCAACUUUGACGGGCGCCGAGCGACUGGUGACACAGUCAUGCUCUUCUCCUGUGGUGGACGUGCCGCUGGUGAGGGUGAAACCAGCACCGGACAGCAAUUCCCGUUCAAUGGAGCAACUAGCUUUGCUCUUGCACCGCUAAGUGAAAAGGGCUCAACCUGCCUGAUUGCUGGCAAUGAGAGGGUGGAUUCAGGAGCAUGCCCCGACGAUGGAAGCCAACUGUUCUCCAUCUUUUAGGUCUUGUACUCUCAAGGGAGUUGUUUGAAUCGGUUCGUGAUAAUCCUCGAACCAACAGCUCUUGGGG